UAUUUUAUAUUGGUUAUUUUAUAUUAGUUUGUCGGAAUUGCUAGGAAAAGGGGAAGAAAAGAUGAGUAUUCAGGACUUUGUUUUACUGGUUUUAACGUUUUGCUCAAUACCAACAGUAACACAUGCUGAUAGUAUAGAUGGUGGUUCGCUAGAAAAAAUAGGUCCAAACUGGGAAAAGAGGGAAGAUAGGCCUAACCGGCUGGGAUACUUAGAGUCCGUUUUAUCAGAUUUAUCGAGGUAUGAACUUAACAAAGCAAACGAGAAUUCAUAUACUGAUAUUUAUAAACGUCGUCCAGGCUGGGGGAAAAGAAGCUUUUCCGACGACUUAGAACUUAAUAAGAGAAGACCGGGAUGGGGGAAAAGAACAUAUACAAAUGAUUUUGAAACAUUUGAAGAAAAAAGAGCUCCUGGUUGGGGGAAAAGAAGCUACGGUCCUGAAUUGUCGAAUGAUGUUAACGAUGAAGAAAUUAUAAAGCGUAGACCUGGAUGGGGCAAAAGAAGCGAGUAUAACGAAUUUGAAGCCACAAAAAGACGACCAGGUUGGGGGAAAAGAGCUCCCGGAUGGGGAAAAAGAUCCAGUGAUUGCCAAACUGUUAUCAAUGACAUACGUGUUUUACGCAUGAAAAUUGCCAUGUUAACAGAAGAUCUACCCGAAGCUUGUCCAUCUGUGCUCAUAGGGGAAGAUGAUGACAUUAACAACAGCUAGACAAUCAGUGAGAUUUGUAACAAGCAAAGAGAAAGAAGGGACUCAGGGGGAGGAUACUCUUACUAUAUAUUUACUGUUAUGAUAUCUAACUCAACAUUUGUAUUUGUUUGGUAUUUCUUUAAGCUAACAACGUGAAAAAAUAUUAACAACGUGACUAAAAUAUAAACAAUGAAUAGUUGUUUCAUAAAUAUUUGUAACUAGGACUAAAGAAAUGAAUACCAGUUAAAAAAGCAUGACAGGACAGUACAAUCCUUUCGGAAUUCUUAAUUUACUUGACUUUAUCUAAAAUAUGCAUCUUUGUUUUCAUGACACUCGUGAUUCAAUCUUUUUUAUUAAUAAUAGAUCUUUUUUUAUUAAUAAUAGUACCGCAAGUUUGAAAAAAUUAAAUCAAAUCAUAAAAACCAAAUAAAAGAUGAAAUGACUUAUUUGAAUGAUAAGGAUAUUUUGAACAUGAUAUGUGGCAUUGUUAAAUAAUCAAAGAAAUUUGUAUAUGUAAAUACAGCUGAUUAUGUAUUCAUUUUGAUUUAAAUCUGAGUCAAUAAAAAUAAUAAAUACCACUAAUCUCAACUAGUUUUUAACCAAACAGUAUGAAAUGUGUAAUGUCAUUUUAAGGAUUUGAAUGUACAGUUUGUGAGUAUUAAAGAAGGAUAAAAAGUAAAGAUACACAAAAACCUGUUUUCAAUUUAGUUUGUUUUGCGUUGUCUUAUUAAGUACUGUUAUUGUAAAUGAGGAUUGUAUUGUAUGCAUGUGGGUUAAUUCAGAUUUUUUGUAUACAUGUAGUUCUAUAAGCUUUCUAUCAUAUUUUUGUUUACAUAACUCGCCAAAUGAUUCGUCAAAGAAAGAAUACUAGUUAUUACAGUAAUUUUUUAUUCUUUAUUGUAGUCACAAACUUUGUUGAAAGGUUUUAGGUAUCAGUAACUACUUUGUUUUUUCCUUUUGCAUGCGUAACAAUAUACUAACUGAAUUGUCAAGACAUGGACCAUUUCUUUCCCAGCGGAUAUCAAUAUACUAACUGAAUUGUCAAGACAUGGACCAUUUCUUUCCCAGCGGAUAUCAAUAUACUUAAAACACACAGUUUAUUCUUAUCUUUUUAUUUGUUAAAGUUCUUAAUAAAUCCUCGACAAUGAUAUAUUUAUUGACAAUCAGCACAUUGUAGAAUAGUGGAAUGAUAUGAUUAAAUGGUUAUAAAGAAUCAUACGUUAUCUCCAGUUUUGAUGGAGGGAAAUGGAUAACAAUGUUCAAUAUCAGUAUGUUUAAUGGUAUUGAAGUAAUCUUUUGGGAUUUGCUUUUACUGCAAUAAAAUAUAACAAACGUU